CGAACACGAGCGCGAGCGAUUCCCACGCGACGACCGAUCGAUUAGCCGAGAAGAAGAGAAGCGGCGGCGGAGCUCGACCGAGCAGAGAAAGAUUGCCGCCAUGGGGCUGGACUACUACAAGAUACUGGGGGUGGACAAGGGGGCCAGCGACGACGACCUCAAGAAGGCCUACCGCAAGCUCGCCAUGAAGUGGCACCCCGACAAGAACCCCACCAACAAGAAGGAGGCCGAGAACAAGUUCAAGCAGAUCUCCGAGGCCUACGAGGUGCUGAGCGACCCGCAGAAGCGCGCCGUGUACGACCAGUACGGCGAGGAGGGGCUCAAGGGGCAGGUGCCGCCGCCGGGGGCCGGCGGCGCGGGCAUGCCCGGAGGCGCGACGUUCUUCUCCACCGGCGGCGGCGACGGGCCCACGACGUUCCGGUUCAACCCGCGCAACGCGGAGGACAUCUUCGCGGAGUUCUUCGGCUCGUCCAGCCCCUUCGGCGGCAUGGGCGGCGGCGGCGGCGGCAUGGGGGGGAUGCCCGGCAUGCGCUCGGGCGGCAUACGGUUCUCGCCGUCGAUGUUCGGCGGCGGUGAGGAUGCCUUCGGCUCCGCGUUCGGGGGCGACGGCCACGUGCACCCCGGGAUGUUCGGCGGCGGCGGGAGGGCGGUCAAGGCGGCGCCCAUCGAGCGGAAGCUGCCCUGCUCCCUGGAGGAGCUCUACAAGGGCACCACCAAGAAGAUGAAGAUUUCCAGGGAAAUUGCUGAUGCCAGUGGGAAAACAAUACCAGUGGAGGAGAUCCUGACGAUCGACGUGAAGCCGGGGUGGAAGAAGGGCACCAAGAUCACCUUUCCGGAGAAGGGCAACGAGAAGCCCAACACCAUCGCGUCGGACCUGGUGUUCAUCAUCGACGAGAAGCCGCACCCGGUGUACACCCGAGACGGCAACGACCUGGUGGCGACGCAGAAGAUCCCCCUCGCCGACGCCCUGACGGGGCACACGGUGCAGCUGACGACGCUGGACGGGCGCAGCCUCACUGUGCCGAUCAGCUCUGUGAUCUACCCAGGGUACGAGGAGGUGGUCCGGGGCGAGGGCAUGCCGCUGCCCAAGGAGCCGUCGAAGAAGGGCAACCUGAGGGUGAAGUUCGAUAUCAAGUUCCCGGCGAGGCUCACUCCUGACCAGAAGUCCGGCGUCAAGAGGCUUCUGGGGCAGUAGGGAAGUUCGCAGAUAGGUUGUCCUCUCGGUGUGUGUUGGAAUUGAACAGGAGAUGUGAGAGAUGCUUCUGCAGGUAGCAUCGGCAACGAGCGAGUUCGACCUGCAUUUGAACUGGGACUUGAAGUGCAUACGUAACUCGAAAUUUUCUUGUGAAAUCCUGUAGAUUAAAAGUUGAAACGCUGAUUCGUAUCUCCUGGUAGGAGCAUUUUUUUUUGUAAGCAGCGCGUGUAUUAGGCAGGGGUAGUAAUAAGGCUUUGAUUUUGAGAA